CAGUGGAUCAAUACUACACUCUGCUCCGAUGGAUCAGCAAACAGGAUGCGUAGAUGGAAGGAACGCAUCUACACCGGGAAGAAGAAUGGAAAAUCCAGAUCCAGUGUGUUGAGAUAAAAUAGCUGCCAACUCUCCAGAGAGAGGGAAGAGAGCGGGAGAAAGUCAGACCGGGCAGAAAGCGAAUCGGACAGAAAAAUUGAAGAAAAAGCAUGACAGCAAAUGACUGUGAGAUUGAGAGUGAUGAUUAAAUGUGAGAAUCAGACAGGUAUAUUGAUUGACUCAUCUAUUUCAAGGAUACCAAAACAAUCCAGUGUUCAUCUGGAGUCAUCUCCGGAUGACAAUGAAGAUGAUGGCGUUUUCUUCACUUCUGACUUCAUUUCCGACCUCCUCUACACCACCCAUCCUCCAGCAGAACCUAAAGAUGAACUCAUCUGAUCAGCCGAGUCCCUGGCUGAGCAAUAGCACCUCACCACCACUCCAGCCUUCAGGUUUAUGGAUGUCCUGCUUCACUAUGAUUUUCGGCGCCAUCUCCAACCUCACUGCUCUGGGCAUAUUGGCAAAGACCCGUGUUCGAUUCCGCCGUCACUCCAGAGCACCUUUUUUCCUGCUAACGGUGGCUUUGCUUUUGGUUGACCUGGGAGGUCAUGUGGUUCCAGGUGCUUUUGCAUUGUAUCUGCAUGUACAUCAGAGGUAUAGAAUGCAGGCCAUGAAGCCCACCGGUAUGUUCUGUCAUAUAUUCGGUGCAUCUAUGGUGUUUUUUGGCUUAUGCCCUUUGUUGUUUGGUUGUGCCAUGGCAGUGGAGCGCUGUGUGGCUAUCACCCAGCCAUUUUUCCACGCCUCUAUGAUAUCAGUGGCUCACGCACGACGAGUUGUGUUCUUUCUUUCCGCUCUUGCACUCGUGCUGGCUGUUUUACCAUUGUUUGCUGUGGGAACUUAUACCAUCCAGUUUCCAGGCACAUGGUGUUUCUUGCCUAUCCAUGAUCCACAGUCUGCAGCGGACACUAAUCUGGCUCUGGCCUUCUCAAGCCUGGGUCUCACUGCUCUCACCUUUUCCCUGCUCUGCAACAUCCUGAGUGGUCUGGUGCUGCUGCAGACCAGAAUGAAGUCCUACAGUGUCAAUGCAAAGCCUGGAGUUCGCCGUGAUCGUCGUACAUCAUCUGCAUCGUCUUCCUCCUUAUUUUGUUCGCUGGAUGUGGAGAUGAUGACACAACUGGCAGCGAUCACUGUGGUCUUAUGUGUCUGCUGGAGCCCCCUUCUUAUCCACAUUUUUGUGGUGCAGCUCACCCAAAGCCACAGAGCUUCAGGUCCUGUGAAAGAUGAGUUUCUUCUUCUGGGCUUACGUAUGGCCUCCUGGAACCAGAUCUUAGACCCUUGGGUUUACAUCUUACUCAGGAGGACGGUGCUUUUCAGAGUUUGCUGUGGUGUCUCCACACGGAGAAACACAGUGAUAGCAAACAGCUCCUGUGCAGAAACACGCAGACAAGCCUUCAGUUUGCAAUGACUACUUUUCUCUUGAACUUUUCUCUUGUGCAGUGAAAUGCUUUUGUCGUGUAUGUUGUAAAAAACAAUUAGUGUAAGUGUUGUUGUCUUUCUAAUGUUUUGGUGAAGUCUAUAUUUUUUUGCAAGCCUAC